GGCGCGCAGCGAAGGAUCGGCUCCGGCGGGCGCUGUCUGCGCCUACGCCUCCAGCCGGGCGCCGAGGGGGCCCCGGGGCGGCGGCGGCGGGUCUCCGAGUCCCUGAGCCGGACGCUUACUGUGAGGAUGAGGGGGAGCUCCCUCGCUGAACAGACUAUUUAAGAAGAGAACUACUUGUAUGCACGUAGAAUUUACUGCCUCUCUUCAAAAGAUGAACCCAACUAAUCCUUUUAGUGGGCAGCAGCCUGGGGUUUUCCCAGCAUCUACCAGUGGCCCCAUAGGAACAUUUCAGGCUAAGCCACCUUUUCGAUUUGGUCAGCCUUCUCCUUUUGGUCAAAAUAAUACAUUAUCUGGGAAAACCUCAGGAUUUUCACAGGUAGCCAGCUUUCCGACAUCUUCUGGAGUAAGUCCUUCUUCAGCACAAACAUUAGGAUUCUCCCAAACCUCAAAUGUUGGACUCUUUUCUGGACUUGAACACACUCCAGCUUUUGUAGCUGCCUCUGGGUCUUCAAGUUCAUGUGUGCCUGCAAACCCAGGAUUUAGUUUUAAAUCACCCAAUUUUGGGGCUUUCCCAAGUACUUCUACGUUUGGACCAGAAACUGGGGAAAUAGCAGGCUCUGGUUUUGGGAAAACAGAGUUUAGCUUUAAGCCUCUGGAAAAUUCUGUGUUUAGACCAAUAUUUGGGGCUGAAUCUGAGCCAGAGAAAACUCAGAGCCCAAUUACUUCUGGAUUUUUCACAUUUUCUCACCCAAUUAGUAGUGGGCCUGGGGGACUGGCUCCAUUUUCUUUUCCUCAGGUGACAAGCAGUUCAGCUGCCAAUUCAAACUUUACCUUUUCAAAACCAGUCAAUAGUAAUAAUUCAUCAUCUGCCUUUACCUCUGCUUUGUCAAACCAAAAUGUAGAGGAAGAGAAGAGGGCCCCUAAGUCACUAUUUGGAAGUUCUAAUAGUAGCUUCACUAACUUCCCCAUACCUUCAGGGCCUCUGGGUGAACCAUUCCCAGUUAGCAAAACAGGUGCGAGACAAGGAUGUGAAGAACGUGUUUCCCAAAUGGAGCCACUUCCCAGCCUCAUGAAAGGACUGAAAAGGAAGGAGGACCAGGAUCGCUCCCCAAGGAGACAUGGCCAUGAUGCAGCAGAAGACUUGGAUGCUCUGUCGAGGGGAGAUCAUCCUCCAGAUAAACGACCUGUCCGCCUGAAUCGACCCCGGGGAGGCACCUUGUUUGGUCGAACGAUACAAGAUGUCUUCAAAAGCAAUAAAGAAGUAGGUCGUCUGGGCAAUAAGGAAUCUAAAAAGGAUAUUGGCUGUGCCGAAUCUGGGGAAAAUGACCACAUGGCCAUCCCAGGAGGGAGUCAGUCUGUCUUGGCACCUUCCCGGCUCCCCGGUGUGAAUAAAGAGGAAGAAACUGAAAGUAGAGAUAAAAAAGAAGAUUCUCUAAGAGGAACGCCUGGACGUCAAAGUAAAAGAAGCGAGAGCACAGACAGUCUUGGGGGCUUGUCUCCUGCUGAAAUCACAGCAAUCCAGUGUAAGAACAUCCCUGACUCUCUCAAUGACAGAACCAUUCUGGAGAACCACUUUGGUAAAAUUGCUAAAGUGCAGCGUAUCUAUACCAGGCGCAGCAAAAAGCUGGCAGUGGUGUAUUUUUUUGAUCAUGUGUCUGCAGCCUUGGCUAGGAAGAAGGGGAAAGGCUUGCAUAAAGACAUGGCUAUCUUUUGGCACAAGAAGAAAAUAAGUCCCAACAAGAAGCCCUUUUCCGUGAAGGAGAAGAAGCCGGGUGACGGCGAAGCCGGCCAGAGCCCCGAGGACACACCCUUUCAGCACUCUCCUCUUGGCAAGCCUGUGGUGAGGGCCGCAGCUGGCACCCUCCUGAGUAAAAGCUCUCCAGUGAAGAAGCCAAGUCUUCUAAAGACCCAUCAGUUUGAGGGAGACCCUUUUGACUCGGGCUCCGAGGGCUCUGAGGGUCUCGGGCCAUGUGUGUCAUCACUCAGCAGCCUGAUAGGCACCGUGGCUGAGACUUCUGAGGAGAAGUACCGCCUGCUUGACCAGAGGGAUAGGAUCAUGCGGCAAGCUCGGGUGAAAAGAACCGACCUGGACAAAGCGAGGACUUUUGUUGGGACAUGCCCAGAUAUGUGUCCUGAAAAGGAGCGGUACAUGCGGGAGACCCGGAGCCAGCUGAGCGUGUUUGAAGUGGUCCCAGGGACUGACCAGGUGGACCACGCGGCAGCUGUGAAGGAAUACAGCCGCUCUUCCGCUGAUCAGGAAGAGCCCCUCCCGCAUGAGCUGCGGCCCUCGGCAGUGCUCAGCAGGACCAUGGACUACUUGGUGACUCAGAUCAUGGACCAGAAGGAGGGCAGCCUGCGGGACUGGUAUGACUUCGUGUGGAACCGCACACGGGGCAUACGGAAGGACAUCACACAGCAGCACUUGUGUGACCCUGUGACGGUGUCCCUGAUUGAGAAGUGUACCCGGUUCCAUAUCCAUUGUGCCCACUUCAUGUGUGAGGAGCCCAUGUCCUCCUUUGAUGCCAAGAUCAAUAAUGAGAACAUGACCAAGUGCCUUCAAAGUCUGAAGGAGAUGUACCAGGACCUGAGAAACAAGGGUGUGUCCUGUGCCAGCGAAGCUGAGUUCCAGGGCUACAACGUUCUGCUCAAUCUCAACAAGGGGGACAUCCUAAGAGAAGUACAACAGUUCCAUCCUGCUGUUAGAAAUUCCUCUGAAGUGAAAUUUGCUGUUCAGGCCUUUGCUGCAUUGAACAGUAAUAAUUUUGUGAGAUUUUUCAAACUGGUCCAGUCGGCUUCUUAUCUGAAUGCUUGUCUUUUACACUGUUACUUUAAUCAGAUCCGCAAAGAUGCUCUCCGAGCGCUCAACAUCGCGUACACUGUGAGCACGCAACGCUCCACUGUCUUUCCCCUGGAUGGCGUGGUGCGCAUGCUGCUCUUCAGAGACUGUGACGAGGCCACAGACUUCCUGAACUACUGUGGUCUCACUGUCUCUGAUGGCUGUGUCGAGCUGAACCGGUCCUCGUUCCUGGAACCAGAGGGCUUAUCCAAGGCCAGGAAGUCGGUGUUUAUUACCAGGAAGAUGACCGUGUCGGUUGGGGAGAUUGUGAGUGGAGGGCCAUUGCUCCCCAUCCCUCGUCAUACUCCCGUGUGCAGCUUCAACUCCCAGAACAAGUACAUUGGGGAGAGCCUGGCUGCAGAGCUGCCUGUGGGCACCCAGAGACCCAGCUCAGACGCAGUAGGUGGGGGGAAAGGAGAGGCGUGUGGGGCAGAGGCAGAUGUACCGCCGCCCGCUCUCCUCCAGCAGCCUCUUCCCACCCCUGCGCCCACACCAGCUUCUCUGCCUCACCUCCCAGCACCGACCCCGAGUACAGCACCUAGCCUCUUCCAGCCCCCUGUGCAGCCCCCCCUCCAGCCCCCUGUGCAGCCCGAAUUGCUUCCUCCAAGGCCUGUACCUUCGUACUCGGAUGCGGACCUGGCUCAAGUAGUGGAUGAGCUCAUCCAGGAGGUUCUUCAGAGGGACUGUGAGGAGGUUGGUGCCGCUGGGGCGGCCUUCGCAAACACAGCUCUGGGUGUUUCCAAUGCUGCUAUGGAGGAGCUAUUAACAGCUGCAACCACAGGCAUUUUGAGGCACAUUGCAGCUGAAGAAGUGUCUAAGGAAAGGGAGCGAAAGGAGGAGGAGAGGCGGCAGGCUGAAGAGGAGAGGUUGAAACAAGAGAGAGAACUGGUGUUAACUCAGCUGAGCCAGGGCCUGGCUACAGAGCUGACAGAACUUGUUGUGACAGAAUGCGUGAGGGAAACCUGCUCCCAAGAGUUGAAGAGUGCAGUGGAGACAGACCAGAGGGUCCGCAUGGCCCGUUGCUGUGAGGAUGUCUGUGCCCACCUGGUGGACUUGUUUCUCGGGGAAGAAAUUUUCCAGACUGCAAAGGAGACCCUCCAGGAACUUCAGUGCUUCUGCAAGUAUCUCCAGCGGUGGAGGGAAGCCGUCGCAGCCCGGAAGAAACUGAGGCGCCAGAUGCGGGCCUUCCCUGCAGCACCCUGCUGUGUGGAUAUGAACGACCGGCUGAGGGCAUUGGUGCCCAGUGCAGAGUGCCCCAUUGCUGAGGAGAACUUGGCCAAGGGCCUUCUGGACCUGGGCCAUGCAGGAACAGUGGGCAUCUCCUGCACCAGGUUAAGGUGGCUCAGAAAUAAGACGGCGCACCAGAUGAAGGUUCAGCACUUCUACAAGCAACUGCUGAGUGACGCGGUUUGGGUGCCCCUGGACCUGCCGUCCCUUGUGGCCAAGCACCUCCCUGGGAGGCGGGAGCGUGUGUUUUGGAAACUGGUGCUGGUGUUGCCUGAUGGAGAAGAGCAGUCCCCAGGGAGUCCUGGCAGAAUUUUAGCAAACUGGUUACAAGUCAAGUUCAUGGGAGGUGAUGGCUCAGUGGGCGAAAUGAGCAGUGAAGCUGGGGGCAUUCAGACGCUCGCUCUGUUUCACGCACUCAGCAGCAAAGGGGAUCAGACUGUCGCUGUCAAUGUGUGUAUAAAGGUGGCUCACGGUGCCCUUAGCGACUGUGCCCUUGAUGCCGUGGAGACACAGAAGGAGCUCCUGGGAGCCAGUGGGCUCAUGCUGCUGCUUCCCCCCAAAGUGGAGAGCGAGGACAUGGCGGAGGAGGACGUGUACUGGCUGUCUGCGUUGCUACAGAUCAAGCAGCUCCUUCAGGCCAAGCCCUUCCAGCCUGCGCUUCCACUUGUGGUCCUUGUACCUAGCCCAGGAGGGGACGCCAUGGAGAAGGAAGUGGAAGAUGGUCUGAUGCUGCAGGAUUUGGUUUCAGCUAAGCUGAUUUCAGAUUAUACCGUUAUUGAGAUCCCUGAUUCCGUUAAUGAUUUACAAGGUACAACUAAGGUUUCACAGGCCGUGCAGUGGCUGGUCUCCCACUGCCCCUGUUCCCUUGACCUUUGCUGCCAGACCCUCGUUCAGUAUGUGGAAGAUGGGGUUGGUCGUGAGUUUAGUGGCCGGUUUUUCCAUGACAGAAGAGAGAGGCGGCAGGGCGGCCUGGCCUCACAGGAGCCUGGAGCCAUCAUCGAGCUGUUCAACAGUGUGCUGCACUUCCUCGCCUCCCUGGUGUCCUCUGAACAGCUGUGCGACCUGUCCUGGCCUGUCACUGAGUUUGCUGAGGCGGGGGGCAGCUGCCUGCUUCCUCACCUUCAUUGGAACGCCCCGGAGCACCUGGCCUGGCUGAGGCAGGCUGUGCUCAGCUUCCAGCUUCCACAGAUGGACCUUCCACCCCUGGGGGCGCCCUGGCUCCCUGUGUGCUCCAUGGUCGUCCAGUAUGCCUCCCAGAUCCCCAGCUCUCGCCAGACGCAGCCUGUUCUCCAGUCCCAGGUGGAAAACCUGCUCUGCAGAACCUACCGCAGGUGGAAGAGCAAAAGCCAUUCCCUGGGCCAGGGGACAGGGCCCUCAGUUGCUGAGAUCCCAUGGGACGAUGUCAUUGCUUUGUGCAUCAACCACAAGCUGAGGGACUGGAUGCCCCCCAGGCUUCCCGUCACAUCAGAGGCUCUGAGUGAGGAUGGUCAGAUAUGUGUAUAUUUUUUUAAAAACCAUUUGAAAAAAUAUGAUGUUCCUUUGUCAUGGGAACAAGCCAGAAUGCAGACACAUAAGGAGCUACAUCUGAGUCAGGAGCGUUUGGGGAUAAAGUCUUUUCAUCCUGCAAACAAGUUUCCAGCUCCGUUACUACACAUGAACCGGAAAGGGAAGAGGAAUGUGGAGCAUGGCCCAGAGGGGCGGGUUCCCAGCACCCAAGAUCUGAUGUGCGGAGCCUCUGCCCAGGAGCUCCUGGCCCAGUGUCUGUCCCAGAGUCUGCUGCUGGAGAAAGAGGAGAGCAAGAGGUUUGAAGAUCAGCUUCAGCAGUGGUUGUCUGCAGACUCAGGAGUGUUUACGGAUUCAAUGUCCCUUCCCCUCUACCUUCCUCAGACUCUGGUGUCUCUGCCUCAAACUAUUGAACCUGUGAUGAAGACAGUGACCGCUACUAGCCCUCAGAAUGAAAGGACAGGGGAGCAGCUGCAGUUGUCAGAGGCAACAGGCACAUCUAUGAGCCAACGGCUAAAGCACCUGGAAAGGCUGAUGCGGAGUUCAAGGGAGGAGGAAGUUGCCUCUGAGCUCCAUCUCUCUGCACUGCUGGACAUGGUGGACAUUUGAGCUCCUGGACAUGAGAGAGGGAAGGUCUCCAGAAGAUUUUUGCUUUUACUCAAAAUAAUGUUAUUCUCAGAUGCUUGAUGCACUGUUGGGAAUGUGAUUAUUAAUCAUGCAAAUAAACAUUUGAAUGUC